AUGCGGUCCCAUCUUCUCGCUCGCCGCACACGGUCUCUGCUCAAGACCCUGCCUAGUGCCCAUCGCAGCUCACCGACACUCACGACCCCCACCGUUCUCCGCAACCCUCCGCGCAAGGAACGCACGUCACCUCCCUCCCAACCCCGCUUCUCCCGCCGAACCCUCUCCACGCCCGAGACGCCCCCGCCCGAGGACGCGGAGGAGAAGCCGAAGCGCCGCGGCCGAGCCAGCUCCGCCGCCCCCGCCCGGGACGCGGACGCGGUCGCGCUCCCGGACGGGGUGAGGACGCACGUCCUCUGGGGACCCAGGGACGACUACGGCGCGUCGGGCUCGCCCCGCUCGGAGGCGGACCGCGCGGUGACGCUCCCGCCCCCGGAGAUCUUCGACGCCGCGCUGCACAACCUCCACAUCGUCCUCCACCCACAGACGCAGCACCGGAGCGUGUACGUCGGCGACGGCGGGAACGGAGGCGGCGGCGGCGGCGGCGGGCUCGUGGAGCCCACGCUCGCGCUCUACUGCCCGAUCGAGGGCGGGGACUACAUCGUGGACGAGACGGUGCGGGAGAUGGCGCGCCGGACGGGCGCGGACGUCGUCGUGCUCGACGCGGUGCAGCUCGCCGCGGGCGAGUGCGGGCAUUUUGGCAAAGCGGCCACCGCGCUGCAGCUCCAGAACAACCCGCUCCAGUUCGCCUCAUCGUCCGCACGGUCGACGUCUCGCGCCGCGUCGCCACGGGAGCCGGGGGAAGAAGAGGAAGAACAGCAGUCGUCGUAUGGCCCGAUGACUGUGCACGUCAUGGCUGCCGUGCCAAGGCGGCCUCUCCGCACUGCCGUUGACGGUACGACUCGGACCACCGAGUCGAAGCUGAAGUCGUUCUUCAGCGAAGUCAUCAACAUGCCGUCGGAGGCACCGGCCGACCAGGAGCAAGCAAGAAGACCGCGUAUCAUCUACGUUCGGGAUUACCCCACGCUCGCCCCCACCUCGUCCACAUGGUAUCCCACUUUACUCUCUGCGGUCAGGCAGCGCCGGCAAGGCGCAUUGUCGCGAUCCGACUCCCCGGUGUACAAUCCCACUGCGAUCGUGUUCGGCAUUACCCCCUCUUUCCUGGUACCUGAAUCGCCGGCAAACACACCCGCAUCGCAGGGAGUCAACGUCCUCUCGUCCCGUCCAGCCGCUAGCCCGUCUUCUGGAAGCGCGCUGAAGUCCCAAAACGAGUUCGGGGAGGACAGCAACAGCGAAAAGGCGCGCGAAAAGCGCAUACAGCGACGCCUCAAGCGGUGGUCCCGUGGCAACGCCGAGGACCUCCCCCGCCUCGCCGCUCCCGUGGACGACGGCGCAGACGGCGACGGCAAGGGCCGCUCUGGGGUCUUCGUCCUUGGCCAGGAUGGUUUCCCUGCCUUGCCGCCCUUCCUCUCCCGCGUGCUCGGCGGUGGCCGCGGCCAGGGCGACGCAGCGGGGACGAAUAGCCAGCUGGGCUUCUUCCGGACCUCGCUCGUGUACCCCACAGUGCGCUCGCUCACGCAUGAGCGCGAAAGCCGCACCGCGCGCCGCCGGGAGAUCAACGAGCUCGUGAUGCGCAUGGGGGUGCAGCAGAUCGGGGGCGUGCUCGGUGCGCUCGCAGACGCGCCCGGCGCGCACCCGUCUGAGAGCGGCGAGGGCGGCGAGGGCGGCGCGCACGGGCCUGAGGAGCGGGCGCGUCAGCAGCUGUGGGCACAGUGGGGGCGCACGGUGGAGGUCUGGCCGCACGUCCAGCGGAUCGCGGACCGGGCGGUGGGCAGCGUCGUCGCGCAAAGCCGGACGUACCUCCCGACACAUCCGUCGCUGGAGCCGACGCCGGUGCCGUGGUCGGCGGUAUUCGACGCCUGGGCCGCGGACCGCUCGUCGGCCGACCUGUGGAAGACGCUGUUCGCGACGCCGCCCGCCGGGAGGCUGCCUCAUGAGGCGGAGGCGGAGGAGCACACCGCGGGUGAGGAAGAGGCGGACGUGGACGAGAUCAUCGAGAAGUUGAGGAGGAAUCCGGAUCUUGACGAGCACGAGCAACGGCUGCUGGGCUGCAUCGUCGACACGGCGUUCGUUACGACAACGUUCAGUCAGGUGCACCUACCGGAUCACACGAUAGAUUCUGUUCGGACAAUGGUCUCGCUGCCGUUAUUGCACCCCAGCGCGUUCCAGCACGGGAUCCUGAAAGAACACAGCAUGACCGGCUGCUUGCUCUUCGGCCCUCCAGGGACAGGUAAAACGCUCGUCGUUCGCGCCCUUGCGAAAGAAGCGGGCUGUCGAAUGCUCGUGGUCUCGCCCUCAGAUAUCAUGGACAUGUACGUUGGAGAAGGCGAGAAGCUCGUCCGGGCCGUCUUUUCGCUCGCCCGCCGCCUCUCCCCAUGUGUCGUGUUUAUCGACGAACUCGACGCACUCUUCGGGGCACGGGUGUCGCGCGAGUCGGGCUCCUCGAUCGCUCACCGCGGGGUCAUCACCGAGUUCAUGCAGGAAAUGGACGGUCUGAAGUCGUCUAAGGACAGCAACGUGAUCGUCAUCGGUGCGACUAACCGCCCCUUCGACCUCGACGACGCCGUCCUCCGCCGCUUGCCUCGCCGCCUCCUCGUGGAUCUGCCAGGGGAAAAGGAACGGGAAGAAAUUCUCAAAAUUCUCCUCCGGGAUGAGACGCUCGCGCACGAUGUGGACCUCAAGCGGCUCGCGAAGAAGACCGAAAGUUUCUCCGGCUCUGAUCUCAAACACCUCUGCGUCAGCGCCGCCCUCGAUGCCGUCAAAGAGCGUGUCACCGUGCCCUGGCGACAAGCCAUCGGUCUCCCGCAGAACGCAGCAUCCACCUACGCUACCGCCGCUGAAGAAACCACACCCGCUGCGGACCGCAGACCCGACGACGCCUCCCCGACAGUAGACGCUCUGGGCGCUUCGGCCGAGGCUGUGGACGCCCCUUCGUCGUCCGCCGAGCCAGCGAUCGCACGGGAAGGUCAAGGUCGGACGCCCGCGGACACCGCGUCCGCGUCUACCGCGUGUUCAUCUGCACCCGACGUAGAGACCGCGGACGAAGACUCCAACGCGGCCGAGGCGACGGCCCACGCGCGUUCGCUCGCGUGGCGGAACUUCGAGCAAGCUCUCAAAGAGAUCACGCCGUCAGCAUCCGAAGCUCUCGGGAGCCUCUCGGAGCUUCGCAAGUGGAACGACGAGUUCGGGGAGGGUCGCAAGAGCAAGAAGCGGCAGGUGUGGGGCAAGGACCGUUUCGGCUUCAUCGUCUCUGCGGACAGUGCGGCGGCUGCACCGGCUCAUAUCGACCCAGCCGUCUCACCACCUGUCCCUUCGCAGUCACAACAUCUGACCACCAGCUCAUGA